UAUUUAUUUCCAAUAUUGAAAAAAUUCGGGCCAAGAGCAUGACCGGUUAUUUUCUCUUUCUUCUGAGCCUUUUGCAAUCGCUCCUGUUGUCUCAAGCGCUGUUUGAGGAUCAGAUAGGAAAAUUUGACUGGCAUCAACAAUAUGUAGGAAAGAUUAACGACAUUUUUUGGGACCAGUCUUUUCAUGCUGGUAAACGUGUGCUGGUGUCCUCUGAGAGGCAUGUUCUAGCAUCAGUACACUCCCACAAUGGUUCCCUGGCCUGGAGAAAAGUUUUAGAAGAAGGAAAAAGGGGUCAGAUAGACAAAACUCUCUACUCAGGAAAUGUUUUGAUUACGGUGAAUGGAGGUGGACAAUUUGUCAGAAAAUGGAAUCCUGGGACGGGUAUAGCAGACUGGGACAUCCCUUUGCCUGGGUCAAAGCAGGGGAGGACUGACAUUGUUCUGUGCAGUAAGGACCUAGUGGCUGUCCUGACACAGGAAGCUCUUGUUGGUUUGGAUACUCGGUCAGGGAAACAAAAAUGGUCUGUUGCACUUCCUCAAAGGAAUCAGGUGGUGCACACACUGCUGACCUUGUCAGGAACAAACCUUUAUGUGAUUGGUCAUUCUUAUGGAAAACAGGUCACCAUAGUAACAGUAGAUGUGGAAGGUGUAAUCAAGUCCACAAGAUCUGUGUCGUCACCAUGGCUAUCAGCUAACACACAAUGUGUGGUGUCUGAUGGUGGAUUCUUAGUUUGCUACAGAGGCGAGGACCAAACUCUACAGAUGUUAACUUUAUCUGAGGAUCAGACCUUUAAGACGACUAGUUUGCAGGUUUUAGGCUUAGAAGCAACUAAUUCUGUUACCAUAGAAACAUCCAGAAAGACCGAUGAUCCUUAUGUGUUUCUGCGGAUGGCAAAGGAUCACUUGGUCUUAGUAGAAAUCACGGCUCAGGGAGCCAAACUCAAGAAAAAUCUCCCCAAGAUCUGUGCAGCACAAGUGACCUCCCUUGAUGAUCAAUCCAUGCUAUUUACAAUAGAGAGGUCUACAGGGGAGCUAAAGAUGAGAGUUUAUGAUCUCAGUACUGGAGGUGAAAUAGCUGACUUAUAUCAGACUAUAACCUACCUACCACAACAUGGAUUUCCUCAGAGGAUGGAGGUCCUGCUGUUUAAGAAGAGAGACCUUAGGAUUGGUUGUAGGUUUGCUAUCCUCUCCGAAGAUUACUCCAUGCAGAUGGUACUUAAAGCAGAGCGGGACGCAGCCCCGGGGAAGAUAGCGUGGAGGCGAGAGGAAGCCUUGGUGUACGUGUUGUCUGUAGAAAUGAUCGAUCUACCAGUGUCCGAGAACCAGGCCAAGUACGAGGAUGAAUUCGGAUCUCACAAGGAUGACAUCGCUACAAUGUUUAUAAAGAGAUUCAAGACUCAGUUUUCCCAGCUUAAGACAUAUAUACAGCAACAGAUUCAGAGGCUUCAAGGUCACAGACAUCACCACCACGACAUUGAGGCCAUGGCAGAGGGUGGUUCUGAAGACGAGGACGAGGAAUUAACAAGAGAUGAAUUCAACCUUAACAAACUUAUCGUCCUAGUAACAGGGGCUGGCAAAAUUUAUGGUGUGCGAAGUACUAAUGGUCACAUUGAAUGGGAACACUUCUUUCCUGAGUUAACUCCCUUUGAUAGAUACGAUCAACAGAAACUAUUACUCUAUGUUCAGAGGACAACAGCUCAUUUUCCUAAUCCCCCUCAGUGUACAGUCGUGGGGAAACACAAGCUGACAGGCAAUGGCUUCCUGUUCUCAUUUAAUCCAAUCAGUGGAGAGCCUGUAGACACACCCCCUGGUGGCCAGAUGUUGAAUUACAGAAUUGUACAGACCAGUAUGGUGGGAGAAUUAGAUGACCACUUCCUGCGAGGCAUUCUCCUUCUGGACCCCAGUGAUCAGGUUCACGUAUUCCCAGAAAAGUGUUCCUCUGUUCUAAGAAGGACUUAUAAGUCCCAUUUUAUGUUUGUGGCAGACAGAGACACAGGAUUUAUUUAUGGGUACAGGAUAGUCCCAGGACAAGAGAAGUUUAUCAUGGAGAAAGUAUGGACAGUAAAUCUUCAUAAGAAACAACAGACAAUAACACAAGUACUGGGCAAAAGACCACAGGAACAAGUUCAUUCCCAGGGUCGUGUUUUAGGAGACAGAAGUGUUUUGUAUAAAUACCUUAAUCCCAAUCUAGUUGUCAUGGUUACAGAGGGAGAAAUUCAGGAACAGUCCCAGAAAGGUCCCUCCAACUUUAUAAACUUGUACCUAUUGGACAGUGUGACUGGUCACAUGGUGUUCCACUGCAGCCAUAAACGAGCCAAGGGACCUGUCACUGUGGUCCACUCAGAGAACUGGGUUCUAUAUAACUACUUUAGUCAGAAGUCUCGUCGCCAUGAGAUCGCUGUGUUAGAACUGUACGAGGGAAAAGACCAGAGUAAUUCAUCCGCGUUCUCAUCAUUCUCCUCUCCUAAACAACCACUCGUCCUCCGUCAGUCGUACAUCAUGCCGCUGUAUAUAUCUACCAUGGCGACCACUAUCACCGAGAAAGGCAUCACCAGCAAACAGCUGAUAUUUGCUCUGAGGUUGGGAGGAUUGCUAGCUCUGCCUAAAGCUUUACUGGACCCCCGGAGACCCCUUCUCCCCACACAGGAGACCAUGGAGGAGGGCACAAUUCCAUAUAUUCCAGAGUUACCGGUCAAUGCUGAGGCCAUUAUAAACUACAACCAGAGUCUGUAUAAUGUACAGGGAAUUCACACCUCACCAGCAGGGCUAGAGUCUACAUCACUGGUGUUAGCAUAUGGAUUAGAUCUGUACUUUACAAGAGUUCAGCCCUCUAAGAUGUUUGACGUCUUGAAGGAAGACUUUGACUAUUUCUUUAUAUCUGCUGUGUUACUAGGAAUGUUUGUGGUUACCAUAGUGACUCAGAAACUAUCUGCAAGAAGAGCACUCAGUCGAGCUUGGAAAUAAAAUCUUUUUGGGGGAUUGGUUUCUUCUUUAGGGAAAGCUGGGAAAUUCUCAAUGCAUUUUUGCAGCAGGGAGUUAAAAAUUCAUUGCAUUUACUGCAUUCAUCUUCAUGAAAAAUAACAAAGAAUCUUUAUGGGAUGUGAAGAUAUUUGGAGUGGGAAACAAAAGAGAAACGUUUAGAUAUUUUUAUAUCAUCUGAAUCUUUAUGUGAUAUUGUCUAGUACAUUAACAAAGAGCCUUUUAAUAAUUUAAGUGUUAGAAAUUGAUUAAGACUGUGUAUCAUUCCACAUGCAUGCAAGGAAAUCAUGAUAAUUUUACUAGAUAUUGUUAUGUAUAAUGUGAAACUGAGGUAUAUGAUAUAUAUUGAGAAAAUGUUUAAGAUUUUGACGUGGAUGAAGUUGUUUUCAGUGUGUAUUUGUGUGAUAUGUAAGUUUAUAUAAUCAGAUUUAAGAUAUUUGUUUACAAGAUCUCACAUGCCUGAGUGUGGUGUAGAAUGAUGGAAAGUAGAUAAUCUGAUUUAGCAAGUUGAUGCAUGAUAGAAGAUUUUGAAUAAUGACUGUUGUCUUGUGUGUGUAUUCUUUUUUAAAUUAAGGUGGUAAUUUUGAAGGAAUUUAUGUUUAUUUUGGAACCACAGAGAAUUUCAUUUACGCAACAUAUAGAAAACUUUAGAAUACACAUGUACAAAUUUUC